AAUAGUCAGAGGCUACUGAGAGGUCAGUUAAGGACUCAACUGGAUGCCUGUGGGUCGACACACCAGGACAACACACUAUCUCUCCAGGACAACACACUAUCUCUUCCAAAAUGGGUCUCACCAGGGCUGUUUUAGGUGUGUUGCUUUUGGUGAUUUUGUGUGUUCCACCAGGAAGGUGUGAAGUGGAUGCAGUGAUGGGAAAGAUUGAGGGUGGAGGACUCAUCAAUCUUGGUAACAGAGAACGCACGUGGACUCCUUUCAUGAGCCUUAGUACCCCUCUCACUGAAAUCCAAAGCAUCACGUCCUAUUUUUCUUUUCGGACUUUUGAUCCGGAGGGUGCCAUAUUCUAUGGGGACACGAGGGAUGGGAAUGACUGGUUUGUUCUCUCUCUCCGAGAGGGUAUCCCAGAGAUGCAGAUUGGGAAGGCACACAUGAAGGUGUCUGUGGUGGGUGGCCCCAAACUAAAUGAUGGCCUCUGGCAUAAGGUUGAACUCCGCAGCGAGGACACGUUUGUGGUGCUGGAGGUCGACAACAAGCGGGAACUGGUGGUGGGCCUGCACACAGACCAGCCGGACACACGGGAGGGACUCAUCCGGUUAGCUCUCGGGGGCAUCUUGAUCGAUGAGAAGAAGCUUCUCGUCCCAUUCAAUCCUCUGCUGGAUGGGUGUGUUCAAGGAGGCCACUGGCUGAACAUCAGCACUCCAUGGGACAGCGCUCCAAGGAAGACGGCCAUGCCUUGCUUUACGAACAUCAAAACAGGGAGCUUCUUCCCCGGGACUGGGCUGGCCAUCUUCAACACCUCCGACUUUCCUGGAGUUGAUCCAGAGGAAAAGGGGAUCAUCAUAACUGUAAAUACAUCUUCAAAGACAUUGAAUGGGACUAUACUCUCCAUGCGGCCGUAUGAAUCACCUUCACCAAUCCUGAGUGUGGCUGAAGACACCGACUCUGGGAUGAUGGCUUUGAAAGUCAAAACAGACACCAUUGCUGUCCUGAACUUUGAUAAGGACUUCAUUAGCUUUGACGUGAUCAUCCAAAAAACCUCAAUGAGCUUUGAAACAAAAGUAAAAGGAAGUCACAAGGUAGUCAUUGAUGAUGACUUUAGCAGUAUCUUGGCACAGUGGAAAAAAGGAAUGCUUCUUGCUUUUGGUGGAGUACCAGGAGACGGUGCUGAUUACGCGGGCUCUGAGUACAUGGAGGGCUGUCUAGACACAAUUUUUGUCCAAGGACAAAAAGUAGAUUUGGACCAGGCCUUGUUCAAAGACGCAUCUGUGUCUUCCCACAGCUGUCCUGUUUAAAUACAUUUGCGCUGUUUAAAAAUAUAUUUAAAAUAAAUUUAAAUCUAUCUUCUA